GAUAUUUUUGGACUAAGAAGGUAGUUUAGAAUGCUAAAAGUUCCAUCAGAAAUUUCAGAAGAAAAUACAAGUUUUAAGGAAGGGUAUCAUUCUAACUUGGAGUUGAACUACUAUGAUAAGAGCUCCAGAGCUAUAAUUUAAUAGCAAAUCAUAGUAUUUUUUUCCUGAUGUAAAUUUAAGAGUGACUAUCAACAUAGUACAAAGUAUGGCUUCAAUUUUACCUGCUUCCAAUAACCCCAUGAGAUCUGACAGGAAUACAUAUGUUGGAAAAAGGUUUGUUUAUGUUAAAAAUCCUUACCUGGAUUCUAUGGAUGAAGAUAUUCUCUAUCAUUUGGAUUUAGGAACAAAAACUCAUAAUCUACCAGCAAUGUUUGGGGAUGUAAAGUUUGUGUGCGUUGGUGGCAGUCCCAACAGAAUGAAAGCAUUUGCACUGUUUAUGCACGAGGAGCUUGGCCUGGAGGGAAGUGGAGAGGACAUAAAGGACAUCUGUGCUGGGACAGACAGAUAUUUUAUGUACAAAACUGGCCCAGUGCUGUCCAUCAGUCAUGGCAUGGGCAUCCCCUCCAUUUCGAUUAUGCUUCAUGAACUCAUCAAAUUACUGCACCAUGCCAGGUGCUCUGACGUUACCAUUAUCAGAAUUGGUACAUCAGGGGGAUUAGGAAUUGCACCAGGGUCAGUUGUAAUAACAGACACAGCUGUAGAUUCCUUCUUUAAGCCACGGUUUGAACAGGUAAUCUUGGACAACAUCGUCACCCGAAGUACUGAACUUGACAAGGACCUAGCUGAGGAACUAUUCCACUGCAGCAAAGAAACUCCCCACUUCCCAACCCUCCUUGGACAUACGAUGUGUACCUAUGACUUUUAUGAAGGCCAAGGUCGACUAGAUGGAGCACUGUGCUCCUUUUCCAGAGAAAAAAAGUUAGAUUACUUGAAGAGAGCCUACAAAGCUGGUGUCAGGAAUAUCGAAAUGGAAUCUACAGCGUUUGCGGCUAUGUGUAGACUUUGUGGUCUAAAAGCUGCUGUGGUCUGUGUGACGCUUCUGGACAGACUUGAAGGCGACCAGAUCAACCUGCCCCAUGACAUUCUGGUGGAGUACCAGCAACGGCCUCAGCUCCUAAUCUCCAACUUCAUCAAACGGCGGCUUAGACUUGGUGGCCACACAUCAUCAUCACCGGGAAGCCAAUCUGUCCCUGCAAGUCUGUAAUUCAAGUUGUAAUGCUGGGGUUAUAUAUUACUUGUGGCAUUUUUAUAUAGUUCUCAUCCAUAUGCUCAGCGCACAUUAGAGUGGUUUUAUAAAACUCCGUUCUCCUUAAAAAUGAAUUUAUUGCAGAAGAAUUUAAUACAUUAAAUGAAAUUUAAAUUUCAUUUUAGAAUAAGUUAACUAAGUCAGUCUAAUAAUUAAAAUUGUAAAACUCCUGGAUUGUGACAUUUGGAGUUUCAUGUGCAGCAUUAAUUAAGCUCACAUCAGAAUAGACCAGCCACUUGUAGAUAUGGCUAGCAGUCACUCUGUUUCUGAAACCAAUCCAGAAAUGCAUGUUAGAACGUUGUCAGGCACUUCUAGGUGUUGGACGAGUGACAGAAAUUGAUCAUUCUUAUUCAAAAUAUUUAUUGAAAAAAGUCUUAGUGUGAUGUAGGUCUAUAUGAAAAAGUUACCCAUCGGGAAAUGUGACCAUACUUCAUUUUUUCCCCUGUAAAUGAUUUCAGUGCACCAGAAAUAUGAUUAGAGGCUUAUGUUUGCCUAUAUUUAUGAUUUUAUUACAGACUAUAACAAUUCUAGCUCACAUAUUUAUUUUUGAAUGAAGACCUCUAAUGCAAAGAAUGAUCCUCAUUAUUCUUCAGAAAUUACAGAUGUUGAAAUCACCUUUAAGCAAUGUUUUUCUUUUUAAGGAAAUGCCUUUUGAGGAGGUUGUUUAAUCUAAUUUCAAUAUUAACAUAACAGACUGAGGAAUUAGUGACAAUUGGAUUUAGACAUGAGUCCAAAUUCUCAAGUCAUCCUCCUGUGAGACUUUGAAGCAUACAGGAAGCAACAUCUGCCCACAUCUCCAUCCAGUCUGCCCCUCUGAGAGGUAUCCGGUUAUUUACAGGCUUCACCACACUCUCUGGUGUUCUUCUAAAGUUCUUCUAAAGCUGACACACAGAGCCUCCCUGGUGGCAUGAGGGUUAAAUCUCAGAGCUAUUGCCCCUGCGGCCAAGCCCACAUAGCGCAGCAGACCUCUCCUGUCUCACCCGCUGCUCCCCUCAGCAUGUAUUUCAGUAGAUCCACCUGUUCUGCUUCCCACUCUGUCUCUGGUGAAUCCUCUCACCUCACCUCUCCCUUGCACCUCUGGCCUACACCCCAGUUCUUCUAUACAUAAAUAAUACAUAAAUAAAUAUUUAAAAUAAAUAAUGCUGACACACAUAGGAGUUUCCAGGUUAGUUGGAAGAUGGUUUAUAGUCGUGUAAAGUAUGGCAUGCUGUGUACGUAUAUUUAUGUGACUGUGGCUCAAUUAAAGUUUAACUCCAUCUAUGAUAGAAAUUAUUUGCAUCUUUUUAAUCAAUGACAAUAAAUAAUU